AUGCCCGACGGUCCUGAUACGGCUUGGUUCUUGACCGCGGAAGAGAAGGUCGCUGCUCGUCAUCGGCUCUCUGAAGAUCACGACGGCGGCGACAAGACAUCCUUUUCUAUGGCACAACUCAAGGAGGCUGCAUUCGACUUCAAGACAUAUGCUGCGUUUGCUUUCGGUAUCCUCGUCACUGCUCCAGCUCCAGUGCUCACUACACAAUCUCCGCUUUUCCGACUAUCCCGCGAGAUUCGGGAUAUCAUCUAUGGAUACUACACUCUAGGAGAAGGCGACAAUGGCUACCAUCACGACAGUGAGACCGGGAAGAUGCUCGAGCAAUCACCAUCAUCAGAGCCUAAGCGCGUUGUUCGCCUUGGUCUCAUGAUUACGUGCCGCAUUGCUGCUGAGGAGCUCAAGAAUUGCGCUUUCCGCAAGUUGCAGUUUAGUCCUCAUCUUUCGCAGAAUGAUGGGAAGGCUUUUCUGGGGCUUGCUUCGAGGGCUGGGCGGUUUCAGUGCUUACUGAGAUAUGUGGACCGCCAAAAGCGACGGAUGCUGAUCAAAGUUGCCGAACUGCUGCAGGAUGAAGACUGGCUUGAUCUGCACGAUCGAUUCCCAUCGGCUCAAGGAAGGUUUAAGCGGGACUUGAUGCACUCUGGUAAGUCGUAG